ACGUCAGCGUCCAACCGCUGAACCGAACGAGCCAUUUUCGCAGGCGCGUGAGGAAGAGCUCAGCUCGUGCGUUGCUUUGUCAUUUCGUCCUCUGUGUGUUUAUCGUCUGCGCGUAUUAUUUCAUUAAACAAGAAACAAACAAACAAACAAUAAAUUCGGUCUGUCUGAGGCGCAUCGCACAGGCAUGUCCGUGAAGCCGAGCGACGAGCCAGGAUCAGAGGGCGGGUGGUACGGAGACGAUUUGGAGAACAUGGAGCUGUUCGGGAAGAAGAGCAGCUCGGCCCGCUUUGAGGACUCGAAGCGCGAGGACGAGCAGAAGCAGCACUCCCACCAUCCGCCUCACCCCGUUACCAUGGAAACUGCAUCUACAGAUAAAUCAGACACAGAUUUCCUGAAGAAGUCCAUCACUGAUAUAGGAGACCCUUACACAUCCCUCCUGUCUGGUUUCUCCUCCCAGAUGGACACCUCCUACUUUUCGGGUGAUGUGAGUGGAGGGGCUCAGAAGCAGCAUGCAGGAAUUGAAGACCUCAUCUCAGGCUUGGAUUGCCAGUCUGCCAUGUUCAGCUCUGACUCCGGUAUCGAGAUGACCCCGAGUGCUGAGACUGGCUACAGCUCCCACAAGCUGCGUGACUCAGACAAAACCCCCGAUUCCACCUACAACUACAUGGACAUCAGGAGCAGAGAGGAUUCCCACACCCAACAGCAGCCAUUGGAGGAUUGGGGGAUAAGUGGCGCUUCAGAUUCUGCCCCUCUAUCUGGCCUCAGGGGAGGGCAUUACUUGGAGAAGAGUCCCUCACCUGUGGAAGUGGAGACACUGGGCCCGUCUGCAGCUGCUCUUGACUCACAAACGUUCCCCUAUGUAGAAGAACCUUCAGAUGAUGAGCUCUCUGACUACCAGCCUGACCGCUCACCAGGUGCUGAGGGCAGUGUCAGUCCAGUCAAGAUCACCUUGACAGAGACAACUCCUUUGUCAGUGUCUCCUGUGGCCACCCAACGUGCCUCUCCAGUCUCUGUUUCUGAAAAGGAAAGCAUCCUGAGCCUGGGGCUACAGGGCGUGCCGACUGUCACACUGUCUGAGCCAGAGGAUGAGAGUCCCGGAUCUUCUACUCCACCACUCACAGAAGAGUCUGACUCUCCAUCUGAUCCCAUGGUUCAGGGCAUUGAAGUGAAAACCCAGGAGAAAGCUUCAGAAAUGACCUCAACAGUCUUCCAGACUGCACCCAAAUCUCAGAGUCCUUCUGUGGAGCUAAAGAGCACCCCGACUCUUCCCCUUUAUGCCAAGGUUACUGAUGCCAGCAGUGGAGACUCAGGUGAUUCAGAGAUUGAGCUUGUAUCUGAGGAAUCAAGUCCACAGGCUCCCAGCUCUGCCUACAUGACCUUCAGCAAGAGCCCCAGCACCCCUCCACCAGCCCCUGCAACUACUCAAGCUCCGGUUUCUGUCUCUGUCCCUGCCUUUAACCCUUUACCUGGCCUGGCUUCUGCCCCCAUCUCUGCAGCCAUGCAGUACAGCAUCCUGCGUGAGGAGCGGGAGGCCGAGCUGGACAGUGAGUUGGCCCUGGAGUCAUGUGAAGAGGAGAGCCCUAAGAGAUUUCCCCAGGACUCUUCCACCAAGGUAAGCAAAGUCAACUCGCAACCGGCUGAACCUCCAUCCCCCUCAGCUCCAGUGAUCGCUGCUCCCACUGUAAACCCUGCACCUCCACCUGCUGCUCCAGUCUCUGAUGAUGCUCCUAAAGAGAAGCUGGCAAGUGACAGAGAGGAUGAGAAGACAAAGCCCAGUAGCAAACCUUCACCCCCCAGUGUAGACCUGCCUGAACUGAAGGUGGAGCAGCCUCCUGAGGAAAGGCAAGCAGAGAGGAAACAUUCCAGCGCUGAGAGACACCCUCCGACUCCUGCUAUCUUCCAGGGAAUAACUAGAGAGAAGGCGAUGGAGCUGUUGUACUGGCGCGAUGUGAAGCAGACUGGCCUGGUGUUUAGCAGUGUGUUGCUGCUGCUUUUCUCUCUGACGCAGUUCAGCGUGGUCAGUGUGGUGGCCUACCUCGCCCUGGCCGCUCUCUCUGCCACCAUCAGUUUCAGAGUCUACAAGUCCGUCCUCCAGGCAGUGCAGAAGACUGAUGAGGGACACCCCUUUAAGUCAUAUCUGGAGCUGGAGAUGUCUCUCUCACAUGAUCAGAUGCAGAGGUAUGCCGAGAACACCCAGCACUACAUUAACAACACUCUGAAGGAACUGCGCAGGCUCUUCCUAGUGCAGGACCUGGUGGAUUCACUGAAGUUCGCAGUGGUCAUGUGGCUGCUGACCUAUGUGGGAGCGCUCUUCAAUGGCCUCACUCUCCUCAUCAUGGCGGUGGUGUCCAUGUUCUCCAUGCCUGUGGUGUAUGAGAAAUACCAGGCACAGAUUGACCAGUAUUUGGGACUCGUAAGGACUCAAGUAAACACGGUGGUGGGGAAGAUCCAGGAGAAGAUUCCAGGGGCAAAGCGAAAGGCUGAGUGAACAGCCCAGAUCCGCUGGAGAAAACAAGGAGGCCAUGACCAGGCUGUCCCUUAUUACAGGGAGAGUUUCUCAUUAGUUCAUGGGUUUCCUCUCUCUCACACACACACA